AUGUCUUCCAACGGUUUCGCUCCCGACGGGCUCUCCAUGCCCACUGGCGGCCUGGCCGCUCGCAGGGGUGGCCAGAACCUCAAGCCGCUCUCGUUUGAAAACAUCAACCAGGGCAAUGAUAAGGAUGCCGGUGUUCCUACCCCGCGCACCAGCCGCUCUCAUCUUCUUGCUGGUCUGAGGACGGCUCCCAAGUCCGCCACUGCUACUUCUUUCGGACCUCAGUCUCCCACGGGUGCCGUUCCCCCGCAGCAGUUCAACCGAAACUCCAUGGCUGGAAACGCCUAUGGUAUGAACCAGGACAACAUCUACAAUGCGCCCAAGACAGCCUUUCCCCAGUACGCCGCCCAGAACAACUUCAACUCCAUGAUGGGUCAGCAGUACACUGUCGAUCAGGUUCUGGCUCCUCCUGAGCUCCCUCUUGAUGAGCAGGCCCAGGAGCACAUGGAUCCCAACCUGUAUGCUCAGCUGGUUGCUACUAACAUGUACCUCGCUCAGCAGCAGCAGCGGCUCCAGCAGCAGCUGCGUAGUGUCCAGGCUGCUGCCCAGCAGUUCCAGCAGCUCAACCUCAGCAACCCUCAGCUCACUCAGCAGCAGAUUGCGUUGUACGAGCAGCAGCAGCGAAUUCACAACAUGCAGCAGCAACUCGGUGCCCAGGCUGUUCUCUCCCAGCAGCCCCAGCAGCAGCAGCAGCUGUACUACAACCCCAUGACCGGCCAGUACUACGUCGAGACCCCACAGGCUGCUGCCCAGAUGACUUCGCCCUACAACGAGCAGCCCUCGACACCUGGUUUCGGUGGUUUCCAGCAGCAGCAACAGCAGCAGAACACUCCCUCAGUCCAGGUUUCCCCUCCUGCUGAGUCGCAGCCUUUCUCAUUCCGCAGCAAUUCGCCCCCUAAGCGCUACGACUCUCCCACCGAGGUGACUCCUCUUCCUCCGCCAUCCGUCAAUGCUUUCCGCCGCGGACACAAGAAGGCGUCAUCCCUCGCUCCUCUCAACAGUGCUCUCGCUGCUGCCUCUCUUUCGGACGCUCCCAAGUCUGCCGGCCCCAAGACCUCGACAUUCCCCAUGAGCCCCCUGACCGGAGGAUAUGGCCCUGGCCAGGCUCGUGCUGGAGAGCACCCCGUUCGCCAGCCCCGAGGCCCCCCCUCUCUGGACGAGCUCAAGUCGAAGCCCACUGCCAAGAUCGAGGGAAGCAAGAACUUUGCCGCUCGCACUCGCCGAUCUGCAGUCCACAACCUGGUCCGCGCCGGCCUCGAGCGCCGCAAGGGUACUGGUAGCUCCUGUGGCAGCAUGAGCCCCGUUUCCGAGACUGCCGAGGAGUCUUCGACACCCAUCACCGACAACGAGUCUGACUCUGGAAGAAGCGGCUCUGGCAGCCUGGCUGGUGACCUGGAGUGCCCCAGCUCAAGAACCUCUGCUAGCGGCGGUUGGGGAGCCAUCGGUUCGGAUCGUCCCAGCUCGCGCCAGAAGGCCCGCAAGAGCGUCGACAGUGUGGGAAGUGUUGCGUCAAGCGAGAGUGAAACAAGCUCCUUUGCCAAUGUAUUCAAGAACGGCGCUCUGCGAGCGGCCAAGGGCCAGGAGUCAGCUGAUGGCCAGCGCAAGGCACCUAGACUGGUGCUCACCAAGAGCACUCCCGCUGCUUAGAGGUGACGCUACGGCUACCCUUCUCUCACUGUCACGACUUAUGCGCCCGGAAUUUUUCUUUUCACACGACUGCUCGGACUGGCGGAUUGCAUUUUGAUGUUAUCGUUUGGUCCUCUUCUUACCUUAUGCUGGGGAGUCUUGUUACCGUUCUGCAUGGGAUGGAUUAAAACACGUCUUUUUCUGUCUUUUACCCAAACCUUUUUUAUUACCUACAGAAGUUUAUAAUUCGCUUCACAGUCUCUCUUUCAAACGCUUUACACUUCGCCACGACAUUAGGGGGAAGGCCCGGGGAUUAUCUUGUCUCAGCCUAGAUGGACAAACGGGUUAUUUUGGGGGACUGAUGAGGAAUCUUUAUACCAAUGAGGAUGAGAAAUUUCACCGGGGACAAGCCUAGCCCGAGAACCUCUGUGAGGUGAUCGGGCAGCCCCCUGAUGCGAGUCACGGCCGGCGGUCCCGGCAGGGACAAUAUGUCUGGCAAAUUUGACAUUUGCUUUCGUUGCAUUCCUUAUGGCAUCUUACGUCUUUUCUUUUAGCUAUUGAAUGUCCCAGACUUGAGUCUGCGUGAGUGUCUUGUGGUGUCUAACCAAGGCGGAGGAAGUGCCGCCGAUGGACGAGAAGCCCAAGACCAGGAUGGACUGGCAGAGAGAUAGAGUGAUGCAUAGAUAGUUUAGGAAAUGGCACAAUCACAAAUUGAACGCC